AUGGCGCGCCAACAACCCCAGGUCAUGUCGAUGGAGGCCAUGUUAGAUGAGGAGCGGCGGGAAGUCCUCGCCCUGUUGGAAGGAAACAACGGCCAAGGAGGAACGCGUUCUCGCGCUGGAAGUACGUUUGAAGGCCACUCGCCAUCACCCUUCACGACGCCACGUACUCCCGUGCGCAGCAUGCUAGAUAUUGGUGAUGAUCACCUUUCUCCUGGCUCCCCGUUACCCUCCCCCAUCUCCCCCGUGCUCUCUCAUGCUAAGACCGCCUCGCCAUAUCUAGCCCCGGUACGAAGUAUGCUCGACAUCGCCCCUGGCCCGCCAAAACCUGUCCGCAGUAUGCUCGACAUCCCGAGCGCCACCAGCAGUUCCAGAACGCCUCUCAGCAGCCCCAGCUCGCCUGUAGAACCCAAAUACCACAACGGCCAACAUUCACGCAGCAUGUCAGAUGCAGGAAUGCAGCCAGCCGAUUUCGGCCCCAGGGCCUCGAAGCGAAAUAACCCCAUGAACAGCUACCAGUUCGGCGACAUUAUUACCAACCCCAACCAUACGGGUCAAGCUCUCCCCAAGCGAGUUACACAGGGCGGAAAGCGCCAAAGUUCGUCAAUGGCUGAAGUUAUGAGGGGCAGCGACGUCAGCAGUCUGGCUCUUCCCGGUGAGAGGGGACGCCACACCUCGCUUCCCGGCCCUAGCGUCUCGACGGCACGACCCUCGAACAAGUCCAAAUCCAAGUCCCCGCAUGGCCGCACCGGGAUGCGCUCCAAGUCGCCCCACGAAUUGCUGGCCGAGCGGCAGCUUAGCCCUGCCGGAAGGGCGUUGCUCGACGAGGCGUUGGAUUACAAAAUGCACACUGCGUACAGACACCUGUCAGAUGCAGCUCUCGUUAGGUCUGGGGGCAAUCUGGCAGAAGUGACACUACGAAAGAAAUCGGACGAUACGCCUGGAAGUGGGAGAUUGGUUAAGGACUACAUGAGCCCGGAUGGCGACCCGUUGGUGGAAGACAGUAGUGAAGACAAUGGCAGCUCGUCCGACGACGACGAACAGGCUAAGAGCUUGUUGGCUGCGGCAGAGGAAGAACGCAUUCAGGUGGAAAAGCAACAGCCUCAGUACAAGUACCGCUCUCUCCUCGACGAACCCGCGAUCACGGUAACCGGACCAUCAGGGCGAACUCGCAGGUCUGGAGUACACCCUGCGACGAGCUUCGAUCUUCCUCCUUCUGGAUCUCGGACGCCUAUCGAUUCGGACACUGAGGCGGAUCUUACCGAUAUCAAGCGUGCUCAGAAACUCUCUUUCGCCAUGACCCAGAUCAUCAGUCAGCCCGAGGUACACCGGACUAUCCAGAUCAUCACGCGUGGCGAGUACUCCAAGCUGGUUCAGGAGACUCAGGACGAGCACAACCAUCCCCGCAAGUAUCUGGUGGCCACCGACCUUAGCGAGGAGUCGACACACGCUCUGGAAUGGGCUAUCGGCACAGUUCUCCGAGACGGGGACACCCUUAUAGCUAUUUACUGUGUGGACGAAGAAACAGGCAUUCUCGGCGCCGACGGCAACUCGCUCGCAACCGGCAUGGUCCCCGACGAACCCAAAGCCAUGAGAGAGGCGGCCACGGCGCUCGACAGAAUGGCCAACAGCAAGAGCGCCAUACAACACGGAGGAGGUGCUGGCACGCUCUCCCCCCUGGCAGCAUCAAGCAUGGACGCAUCGGGCUUGCUAGCGACAGGCAACAGCGCAUCGGCGAUUGGCGAGGAUCCGUCGCCGACGCCUUCGCACUCGAGCCGGGAGCGCAGCAGAGCCGAGGAAGAGAGAUACCGCGCGGUUCAGGAGAUUAGUGAGCGAGUGACCAAGCUGUUGCGCAAGACGAGGUUGCAGGUGCGGGUGAUUGUGGAGGUUCUGCAUUGCAAGAACCCCAAGCAUUUGAUCACGGAGGUGAUUGAUCAUGUGAACCCGACGUUGGUGAUUUUGGGGAGCAGAGGUCGGAGUGCGCUCAAGGGUGUCAUCCUCGGCUCCUUCUCCAACUACCUCGUCACCAAGAGCUCGGUCCCUGUCAUGGUGGCCAGGAAACGCCUCAGGAAGCAGAGCAAGUACAAGAGGCUGCCGACGACGCACCAGGUCAACAACAUCAAUAACCCGACGGCAAGGAGCUUGGCUAGCGCAAAGAUUGACUAG